CAGUAGACCAGAGGGCCAGCAGCCGUAGCAGAUAACUUGAGAAAACUUGUCGAGCCCGGGCCUCGAUUAAGCUGCUUCUGUCUGGUUCUGCGUGUGUCCCUGACUGGCUCCCGCGGCGUAAGGAGGGUCAGAGAGAACCCGCAGUGGCUCUGGUCCCUCUUCCUGGGCCCAGGCUGUGCUCUGGCCUGUGCUGUGCCCAUGCCACGUGGGCGACCGGCCUCUGCACGGAACGCCGUGUCGCGGGGCUUCUCCGGCUCACCGGGGGGGGGGGGGGGGGGGGGGAGCCACGCACGCUGCUCUGGGAUCCGUGUGGCACGUUCCUCACCCAUCCGGGGCACAGAAUCGGGCACUUCGUGUCCUUGUAAGCAAGGCACCUUCUUCAAAGAGGGCAGACAGGCCUGAGCUGCUGACCCGGUGGACAGCGGGCCUGACUCCCGGCCUGUUAAUGCGGCUGUGUCCAGCUGUCUGGAGAGCUCCCUGGUCUCCUCUCACCUUUGCAGAGACCGUCCCCGGGAUCCCUGGGGCUUGGGUUGUGGCUGCCGUCAGUCUGCUCUGCACGUGUCGCUGUCCUGCCUGGAGGAAGAAGCAGUGAGGUCUCUCCCCCCGAAAGAUCUAGGAGGAGAGCUUCGUGUUCUUAGGACUGUUUACGUAAAACCGCCUCCAGGGCAACAGAGUUUGUUUUAACUGGUCUGUUUUCACAACAAGCCGGUGAGCCCGCAGUCCCCGCCCUGCUCGCCCUGCUCAGUGUGGUGGGAGCAGGAAGCAGAAGCUGUGUCUGCGCAGGGAAGGCCCUGCCGAGUGAGGCGCUGGGCCAGGGACGUGCCCCGAGUUAAUUAGCCCCCGUCGGAGGGACACUUCCGAGUACCUAUCGGUGUGCAGACCCUGCCCCGGGGGUUUUUGAUCUGGUUACGAGAAGGCUGCCAGUCUUUUCUCUGGCGUGUGUCCCGAGUGAGGAAACGGGUAGAAUAGCCAGUCUCCUCUCGUGCCAGGAGGCCCCUUUAACAGCAGCUGCUCCACAGCCAGGGCUCGUCGCCAAGCUCUGGGCACCCCCACCCAGCGCCAGGUUAGACCGCGCACCCAGGUCCGGGAGCAAGGGAGACGGCUGCUGGGACGGUGCUCCCUCCGUCUCCGUGGCGGCUGCCCGCCGAGCGGGACGUCGGGCCCGGCCCGGCCUGGGCGCCUUCCUCGCCUGCGCGGCUGGGAGCCCGCCCUUGCUCUGUGCGGGAGUGCAGGCCGCUGCCUCUGGCCGGCUUUCGUCAUCACGUCACCCUUUCGAUUCUGUGGUGCCUGGAGCAAGAGACGGCGGGGUUCUAGAUUUUAACCUGAGAGACUGACCACUGCGUUUUGUGGAAGGUGCCGGACGGGGGUGGUUCUUGUCCAGCACGGACCAGAGGGAAACGUGUUGUCAGACGGUGAAUUGGCCAGCAUCUUGGGACUGUCGAGCCCCGUCGGGGGGCUGGUUUUCCGUCCGUCUCGGUUGGGAAGAGCCCCAUGGUGGAGCAGGCUGUCCAGACUGGCUCUCUUGACAACCUGAACGCCAAGAAGCUGUUCCCCAGCAAGGGCCCGGCGGGGACUCAGCUCAGCGGGCGCGCGGCCCCGCCAAGCAGCAAGACGGCCAGCGAUGCAGUUCAGCCUCCAGCUGCGCAGACUUCAGGGCAGGUGAACGAUGAGAACAGAAGACCUCAGAGGAGGCGAUCGGGGAACAGACGAACAAGGAAUCGCUCCAGAGGGCAGAGCCGUCCCACUAACGUCAAGGAAAACACAAUCAAGUUUGAAGGCGAUUUCGACUUUGAGAGCGCCAACGCCCAGUUCAACCGGGAGGAGCUGGACAAAGAAUUUAAGAAGAAACUGAAUUUCAAAGAGGACAAGGCGGAGAAGGGGGAGGAGAAGGACCUGGCCGUGGUGGCCCCGAGUGAGGAGGCCCCCGCCGAGGAGGACCACCUGGGGCCCAACUGCUACUACGACAAGUCCAAGUCCUUCUUCGACAACAUCUCCUCCGAGCUCAAGACCAGGUCAGGCCGGGGCUGGGGACGCGCGCUCCCCUCAGAGCCCCGAGGCCGGGGCUGCGCUCUCGAAGACCGAAGCCAGAUCCGACGCUCAAGGCCCACCGCUUGGGGUCCUGCUCGCGUCUUUUCCACAGCGGUUAGAUCGGGCCCGGGUGCCAGCAGUCGGAGGUGGCGUGGGGAGCCCUGGCAGUCACGGGCUCUUCGUGCUCAGCGGCCCCUUCUGCGUGAAGGCUGCGCCCACGGCCCCCCGCGGCGCGGCCGCCUCCACAUUCGGUUCUGUCGCGCCCGGCCCCGGCCUGCUGCUUGGUCUGAGCCUGGUGGCCUGAGGCCCUUGUUGCCUGCGGCGGCAUGUCCGGGGCACCUGCUUGGUAGAGGCCGGGCUCCCUGUCAUGGGCGCCCGACCUCUGGUGCCCACGUGCUGCCCCAGAACAAGCUGGACAGUAAGCAGGGUCUGUAGUGGGGUCUGCAGCACAGAAACUCGGAGCCGCUUGUUGUGCGAGGACAGAGGCAGGCCCAGUGUGCGGGACACGGAGGGCAUAGCCGAAACAGCCAGGGUCCCCUCCGCCCUGCCCUCCAUGGGCAAGAGGGCCGAGAAGAUGCGUGCACAGGUGACAGUGUGUGAGGGAGAGCCGGGCCGGUGGGGGCGGGGUACGGAGAGUGGCCCUGAGGUCUCGGGCGGGUUCGGGGCCAGCCCGCGCAGAAGCGAGGGGCGGGGCGGAGGACGGGUCGGGCAGGGGCCUGACCGCGGGAGAGGUCCGCGCCGGGCUCUGUGGGUCGUGGUCCCUGCUGGCUUUCGUCCAUGAGCCUUGGGGGCGUCGUGGCUUCUGCAGUUUCCUUGCUGGUAGUUGAGAACGCGCUGAGAUGGGGCAGGCACGAAGGCCGAGGGGUCGCAUCAGACGCUUUUGGGGGGGGUGCGGGGAGGAGGAGGGCUUGGCCUCGAACGUGUGUGCUGCAGGUGGGCUGCUGGUUUGCUGGUGGGAUGUGAGCAGAGCCAGGCUGACCGAGGGCACGGUUGCUGCCACCUCAAGCCAGGAGGCCUGGGUGCGGCAGGGCAGGGGUGGGGCUGGGUGUGUUGCCUGAGAGUGGCUUGUGAUCAGCCCCGGGACACCCAGCGCUGGCACAGGGGGGCUGCCACGCGGCACGGGGGUGGGUGGUGCCGAAGCAUCAUGUUCCUGGGGACCCUGUCUGUCUACCCCGCCCCUCCUCAGCUUCUAGAAACUUUUUGGAGGGGUCCCCCAUCUGCUUCAGGUCCUGGAGCCUUCCCCGUCGCCGGGGCUGCCCUUGUGGCAUGUGGGUGGCACAUGCUGGCCUUAGAUGACGUGGGUGUGAGAGUUGCACCCCAGCAGCCCCGUCCAGAGGGAGGCAGGCCUGGGUGGGAAACGGGGCUGGAGCCUCUGCAGUACCGGGUCCUGGCUGUGUGGCCCCCAUCCGCGCACCUGUGCUGUCUUCCUCCCAGGCGUGUGGGAGGGUCUGGAGGGGGGUGGCUUCGGUCAGGUUCACGUGCUCUGUCUGUGGUUCAGUUCCAGGCGAACCACGUGGGCAGAGGAGAGGAAGCUCAACACGGAGACCUUUGGGGUGUCAGGAAGGUUGCUCCGGGGCCGUAGUUUCCGGGGUGGAUUUCGAGGGGGCAGGGGCAACGGCACAGCCCGUCGUAACCCAAC